UGGAGGUGCUGAAACGCCUUUCUCGUUUCAGUGCAAGCAGCCAUGGCUGAAAUAAAGACGGGCAUCUUUGCCAAAAACGUCCAAAAAAGGAUCAGUCGUGCGCAAGAAAAGGUUCUGCAGAAGUUGGGGAAGGCAGAUGAGACGAAAGAUGAACAGUUUGAGCAGUGUGUACAGAACUUCAAAAGACAGGAGUCGGAGGGUGCCAGGCUACAGAGGGAGAUGAAGGCUUACAUAGCAGCUGUAAAAGGGAUGCAGCAGGCUUCUAUGAACCUGACAGAGUCAUUACAUGAAGUGUAUGAGCCUGACUGGCACGGCAAGGAUGACGUCAUGACCAUUGGAAAGAACUGUGAUGCUAUGUGGGAGGACUUUCAUGAGAAGCUUGUCGACUCCACGCUCAACACGCUGGAAAUGUACCUGACACAGUUCCCAGAUCUCAAGGUGCGGGUAGCAAAGAGAAGCAGAAAGUUAAUUGACUACGACAGCGCACGGCACCAUCUUGAGACCCUGCAGACUACUACGAUGAGGAACGAGAAGAAGAUAGCAAAAGCAGACGAAGACUUGAAAAAGGCCCAGAGGGUUUUUGAUGAUCUCAACGUUGGCCUGCAGGAUGAGCUCCCCAUGCUUUGGGAUAGUCGGGUGGGGUUCUAUGUAAGCACCUUCAAGAAAGUGUCCAGCCUGGAAGCCGGUUUUCACAGGGAGAUCUCUUUUCUCUGUCACAAGCUGUAUGAGGUGAUGAAUAGGCUCGCUGAGCAGCAUUCUGACAAAAUGUUCACCAUUCAAGGAGCACCCAGUGAUUCAGGACCACUGCGAUUAGCAAGGACUCCCUCUCCUCCUGAUGAUGACGAGAGUCCAGAUAGCAGCCCUGCUACCAGCCCCAACCACACGCUGAGGCCCAGCUCACCUGGCCCACCUCGACCCAAAUCACCUUCACAAGUAGGGCCUGAAACACAUCAGAUAUUUCUCAAGAUGGGACCUCCAAAACCUCCUCCUCCAAAAGUCACUCCAACCAAGGAGCUACAGCAGGAGCAGAUAAUCGACCUGUUCGACGGAGGCUUUCCUGAGAUCAGUGUUACCUCACCACAGCCGAAAGAGAAACCUGGAGAAUCUCUCCUGGACAUGGAUUUUGAUCCAUUCAAGCCUGAUGCCAAUAUACCUAUCGGGCAAACCCAGUCACCCAUGGCUCAGGCAUUACCUUGGGAUCUUUGGACGGGAAAUGCUGAGCCUGCACAGCCCGCUACAGACGCUGGCUUUACUGCCAACUGGGCAGCUGACUUCAGCUCUCUUUCCACCGCGGGUGCUGAGGAAUCUGCAAAUGUUCAGCCUGCAGCGGACGGGCAGAGCUGGCCACCCGCAGAGGGCUGGCCUACAGCGGAGGCCGCACAGCCUCAGGGAGAAGCUGCCACAGAUGAGACGGAUGCAUCAGUCCCAACAUUUUCGGCUGACUUCGACAAGGCGUCUGAGGCUGAGGCCCCAGAGACUGAUAUAGCUAAAGAAGAAGAUGAAGCAGCUCCGGUCACAGUACCUGAGGGCUCCGAGGCCCCCGAGGCCCCUGAGAGCCCCGUCACAACUCCCCCUACAGACACCCAACCAGAGGAGGUCCCUGCUUCAAGCCCCCCUGCAGAAACAACCACUAAUCCUGUGGAGUCUCCAGUGUCUGCUGAGUCUGAAGCAGCUGAGCAGACUGAGCUCCCAACUGAAGACAUACAAAAGGAGCAACCCGACCAAGAAGCCCCGGAAUCUCCUCCAGUCCAAGAAACAGAGGAGUCACCUGCAGAAACAGCUCUGGCUACUGAAGAAGAUAAAGAGUCUCCCAUUGAAGAGACUCUGACUAUAGAUGCCCAACCAGAGGAAGAGGCCAGUUCAGUAGAUGCCAAACCAGGAGAACCUGAUAGUGUUGAGCCCAAACCAGCAGACGAAGCAGAUAAUGUUGAACCCCAACCAGGGGAUGUUCCUGAUAAUGAGUCCAAACCUGCAGACGAAGCAGAUAAUGUUGAAUCCCAACCAGGGGAUGAAGGCAGAGAGGAGAGUGCGGCUAACAAUGGGAAUGAGGAGGAGAAGAUGCGUAUCCCAUCUGUUGUUAUUGAGCCUGCCUCUAGCAAUGAGGGUGAUGAUGACCGUGAUGGUGAUAUCACAUCUCCAAUAGAGUCCAGUGGCAAUGGGGUGAUACCAGAAUGCCAGACAACCAAAGACGCCUCUGGAAUGCCUCGCGGAUUUCUUUUCAAGGCGGAAACACUGCAUGAUUUUGACGCAGCAAACCCAGAUGAGCUGGAGUUGAAGAAGGGAGAUAUUGUUUUGGUAGUACCUACAGAACAUGCCGAAGAUCAGGAUGCUGGGUGGCUCACUGGCAUUAAAGAGAGCGAAUGGUCACAGCUGGGCACUUCGGCUCACAAAGGACUGUUUCCUGAAAACUUUACACUGCGUCUGGAGUAAACAUCCUCAGUGUGUCGUGAGCAGGCGUGUGGAUCUGGACAUUUGAGGCAGACCUGCCCCCCGUGAAGUCUGAUGUACUGAUGACAGCUGUCAAUCAGAUGAGACAAGAGGAAAUGAUCAACUUAACGAAGCAAGUGGAGAUACAAUAACUACUCAGAUCAUAAAGAAAAUAUCCAAGCAUGAUGUGAUAGUAUGGUCAACCCUUACCGCAAAACCAAGUUAUCCCUUUUUCUGUUUGUUUACCUGUGAACACCAACGAAUUGAUGUGUGCUUUGUUGGAACUCUGGUGACCUCAUGUAAUCUCUGUCUGUUUAAAGAAGAUCUAAUGUGAGAGUUUUCCCUCUAAAGACAAAAAAAUACUUCAACCUCUCUGCACCAAGUGUAUUGUAUUGACUUUGUUGCCCUGCAGCCAAUUUGAUGAGAAUUUGUAGUGAUAUGAUCUAUUUAACCAUUUUAAGUGUUACACGAGCCGUAGGUGUUUUCUUUGAGAUAUUUCAGAUAUAAAUGUUACCUUGCAUCAAUUUGUUAGUGUUCUCUGUAGUUUCACGGCUGGCCGUGCGCGGCUAUGGUGGUGGCAUUGGGCAUAUUUGAUAUUGACGUUGUUUAUGGACAGGACUUUCAGUGUUAAUGCCAAAUUAAUCGAAAUCCUGAUGGAAAUGUUGAUUUUACAGCAUGAUAAAUGUUCUGAGAAGCACCUGGCAAAUACAGCUUUGCAAAACACAAAAUGUAGCUCCCUAUAAUUACAAACAAUACUGUAUAUGUAUUAUACUCCAAACUACAUAAAUGCAAAACUUAUUCUUGAACGGACAUGGAAAUAUUAAUCUGUGAAGGGUGUUUUAUGUUUGAAGAGUAUUGAUUCAACUUUAUAUUUUUUAAGCCAAUGAUGAUGAGUGGGAAAGAUGGGAAAUUGAAAAAAUAUGCAAUAUAUGUAACUGGUUGAUAGAGUCAUUGUCAUUAUUGUUUGGUUCUGAGAUAAAAACAGCAUCACUCUUGUGUUUGUAUUGUUACUCACUGUAGAGCAUUUCUGUGAUGUACAUAUCUGUGCUAAUUUAACUGUAAAGUGAAUAAAGAAUAGUUCCUACGA